UGUGGAGACCAUGCAGGAAGUGCCCUGUGCAUUUCUCAGGGACGUUGCUGGGAUUACAUCGGCUUAAAGAGCACGUCAUGGCGGAAGGGCUGUAACCCAGCUAAUUAACCUGAAGCUGCCGCUGACAUCUGCUGGGGAACCUCUCCAAUGGAGGCCCUCGGCAGCAACGUGUCCUGUGAUUUCUAGCUUUCCUGGAGUGCCUCUCCUUGUGCCCUUUCUAUUUCCUUCUUGCAUGAACGAGGUUCUCAGCUCCCCCUAUGUGCAUUAUAUGCUUCACUAAAGCUCUUGGCCACGUGUUUAAAACAUAUUUGACGGCCAGCUACAACUUUGAGUUCAGGAGCUGGCCUGUGGACUUCCGAUGGGAUGAGGCAGGCGGCAAGGAUAGCAGGCCUGGCUCCCGGGCUGCGUCCCAGACCACAGCCAGAGAGGGUCUGCUGAGAUCAGCUCGGCACGGAGGGCCUAGGACCGCCCAGUGUAACUACCUCCGCAAGAUGAAGCAGUUGCCUGGCCAGCUGGUCUGUUACAUGGUGGCUCACUCCUUAGGCCGAUGGCUGCUUUACCCGGGCUCCCUUUACCUCAUGCAGAAAGCCCUGCUGCCUUUACUGGUGAAGGGGCAGGCUCGCCUGCUGGAGGAGUUUCACGGGAAGCGGGCCAAGCUGGUGGCUCGCGAUGGGAACGAGAUCGACACCAUGUUUGUGGACAGGAGAAAGAGCUCGGGGAUGGAGGAGGAGCAACGAGGGAAGCAGCUGGUGAUCUGCUGCGAGGGGAAUGUUGGUUUCUAUGAAGUGGGGUGUCUCUCCACCCCACUGGAGGCUGGCUACUCGGCCCUGGGGUGGAACCACCCUGGCUAUGCUGGGAGCACGGGCCUGCCCUUCCCACAGAAUGACGCCAACGCCGUGGACGUGGUGAUCCAGUAUGCCAUCUGUCGCCUGGGUUUCCGGGUGCAAGACAUCAUCCUCUAUGGCUGGUCCCUGGGGGGCUACACAGCCACCUGGGCCGCCAAGACCUACCCGGAGCUGGGGGCCCUAGUGCUGGACGCCACCUUUGACGACUUGCUCCCCCUGGCCCUAAAGGUCAUGCCCAAGAGCUGGAACAAGCUGGUGGUCCGGACGGUGAGGCAGCAUUUCAACCUCAAUGUGGCCGAGCAGCUCUGCAGCUACCCGGGGCCGGUGCUGCUGAUCCGGAGGACUGAGGAUGAAGUCACCACCACCCGCAUCAGCGCCGCGGACCAGCUCGCUGACAUCAGGUCCAACAGAGGCAAUGAACUGCUCCUGCAGCUUCUGAAGUUCCGCUAUCCCGAGGUCAUAUCCUGGGAAGGGGAGGCGGCCGUCCGUCACUGGCUGCGAGCCUCCAACCCGAGGCAGGAAGAGGCCGUCUGCAGACGCUUCGAGGUGGAUGAUGACUGGUGUGUCAGCAAGUUGCAAGGCUACAAAUCCCGUCUCGGAAGUGAAGACAGCUUCCCCUGGAGGGUCGGGAAGGACGUGACCCCCAGGAGAAGGCAGCAGCUGGCCUUGUUUCUGGCCAGGAAGCACAUGAAGAAUGUGAAGGCCACACACUGGUCUCUCUUACUGCCCAAUGAGUUCCAGAUGCCCUGGAAGCUGUAGGUGGGGAGUGGUGGGGAGAUUAUCCCAGGAGAGAGAAAGAGGCAGAGGCCAGGACUUAACAAAACGGGUUUCCCUCUUCAAUAUGCUCAUUGUGUGCGUU